AUGCCAAGUUACACAGAACAAGACUUCACCGCCGAUCUCCAACGCAUGACGGGGAACCGCACCGACCCCGCGCUAUCAGCAGCUCUAAUCCACGACUCGCGCGCCGCCUUCUGGGGCGGACUCGCGCUGAAAACCCAAGAUGGCGGAAAGGGUCUUGCUGAGGAUGAGCUGCGCGCAGUGAGGAACGCCGGCGUGGAUGUGCUCUUCGACACGGCUGCCACGGCGCUAAUAACUGAUCCGACGAGCGGCGCUGUUAUCGGCGUUGAAGUUGUCAACACAGACAGUGCGAGCGUACACAAGAAAAUCACCAUCGCUGCCGGCGCGCUCGGUCCUGGGUGGGAUAGUGCGCGCGUGCAUGGCACACCGUAUAAUACAGGUGAGAUGCUACGGGUUGCGCAGCGGGAUGUGUCGGCUAAGACGGCCGGGAACUGGGGUGGAUGCCAUAGUGUGGCUGGGUAUCCGCUUGGGAUUAUGGUGAAUCGGGAUGGGGAGCGGUUUGUUGAUGAAGGGUUUGAUAUGCGGAACUAUACGUAUGCGAUGAUUGGGCAGCGGGUGCUUCAGCAGCCUGGACAGGUUACGUUCCAGGUUUGGGAUGCGCGGACUGUGGCGUGGUUACGUGGGGAGGAGUAUCGGGGUGAGGUUGUUCAGUGCAUUGAGGGUGCAUCGUUGGAGGAGCUUGCGGAGAAGUGCGUGGAGGUGGGAUUUGUUGAUCCUGGACGUUUUGUGGAGAGCGUUCAGGAGUAUAAUGCUUCUGUUGAGGAUGGAGAUGGGCAAAAGAGGUGGGAUCCUGCUGUCAAGGAUGGACUUGCUACUAAGGGGCUGGCUGUUCCCAAGUCGAAUUGGGCUUUGCCUAUUGACAGGGCGCCUUUCCUGGCUGUUAAGGUCACGGCGGGCAUCACGUUCACUUUUGGUGGAUUGGCUGUGAAUCCUGAAACUGCGGUGGUCAUUUCGGAGACGACAAAUGAUGAGGUUCCUGGAUUGUAUUGUGUGAGUGACAUGCUUGGAGGUAUCUUCCACGAUAACUACCCUGGCGGAAGUGGAUUGACUUCUGGGACUGUCUUUGGGCGUCGUGCUGGUCGAGCAGCAGCGGAGCGAGCUGGGAAGAGUGGAAGACUCGAACGGUUGUGA